UUAUUCGCCGCAGAACAUUCCGGUCACACUAUUACAUCCGCGUGCUCUGUUUCUGUUUAUCAUUAGCUUUGGAAACUAUUAAUUUUAACAAAUAAUCAUGGAUGAUGAGGCGGAAACCUACAAAUUGUGGCGGAUUCGCAAGACCAUUAUGCAGCUGAGCCACGAUCGAGGUUACCUGGUGACCCAAGACGAGUUGGACCAGACUUUGGAGCAAUUUAAGGAGAUGUUUGGCGACAAACCCAGCGAAAAGCGGCCCGCUCGUUCCGAUUUGAUUGUUUUAGUGGCCCACAACGACGAUCCCACAGAUCAGAUGUUUGUCUUCUUCCCAGAGGAACCUAAGAUCGGCAUCAAAACCAUCAAGACCUACUGUACCCGAAUGCAGGAGGAGAACAUCCACCGGGCUAUCGUUGUGGUUCAGGGAGGAAUGACGCCCUCUGCCAAACAAUCACUCGUGGACAUGGCUCCCAAGUACAUUCUGGAGCAGUUUCUCGAAUCCGAACUAUUGAUCAACAUCACGGAGCACGAAUUGGUUCCGGAGCACGUAGUCAUGACCGUCGAGGAAAAGCAGGAGCUACUCAGCCGAUAUAAAUUGAAGGAGAACAUGUUGAUGAGGAUCCAGGCGGGUGAUCCGGUUGCCCGAUACUUUGGACUGAAGCGCGGUCAAGUGGUCAAGAUCAUCCGUUCCUCGGAGACAGCAGGGCGGUACAUCUCCUACCGAUUGGUGUGCUAGUAUUGGACUCAAGGAUUUCCGAUUCCCGAUCUGCAUAUAAUAUCUAUCUUAAGAACUAUGAUUUAAGAAAAAGGCAGCGAGCUUUAUACGUCAAUAAAUCGCAAUCCUUUCGUA